AUGAUCGAAAUGGUGAUGGGAACUCGGCUCCGUUGGGAUGACUUUAGUGCUACGACCCGUAGUGGUUUCAAGCCAUCACGCACUGCAUCCGGUAAAGUGGAUAUGGGGAAUCACAGAUCGUUGGGUCAAUUGAGCGUAAUUCACAAUUUUAAGCGCCGGGAAUGCUUACUUGCCAUGCUUCAAGCUUUCAACGAAGAAAGUUUGACGCCGUAUCCGGUCAAAACCCCUGUACCGGCAGGACAAAUCGUUAACUCGAGAGUCGCAGAGCACUUUAUUAAUCCAUUUGGAUCUGAUUACCUGCAUUCAGUCGCCCGCAUUCCUCAGACUGGGAAGUUACCUAAAUAUAUGAUAUAUUUGCCACUUCUGCUAAGUUCCAACGUUGUAAGCUUAUUUUGGCUGUCAAAAAAGAUCGUCUCGAAAUUUCUUGGCUUCUUCGCAGCACAUUAA